CUAUCCUUUCUCCGCCCCACCGCGGCCAUUUAGCUAUAUAGUACCUGAUACCAUCCAAGAACAUCACACUACUUCACUAGUAACCGAAGUGACCCAUCACUAAGCAUCAUGAAAGCCUUCGUAGCGUGCAUAGCCCUCGCGUUGGUAGCGGCCGUCCGUGCCGAGGCCCCCUUGUCUGGUGGCGGCUACAACUACAACCGCCCGUCCGGUGGUGGAUUCAGCGGCGGCUUCAGCGGUGGCCUGAGCGGUGGCGGCGGGUACCGCGCCGUCUCCUCCGGCUACCAGACCUCCGAGGGCCAGAACGUUGACCAGCAACUCCUCGAGCAAGUGCGCCAAAUCCUCCUGAAGGAAGAGUCCUCCGCUUCCUCCGGCAGUAUCAGCGGUGGUUUCGGCGGAAGCGCUCCUUCUUCCUCUUACGGCGCUCCCUCGUCCUCCUACGGUGCCCCUUCAUCGUCCUAUGGAGCCCCGUCCUCCAGCUACGGAGUGCCCUCUUCCGGUGGCCGCGUCGUUGGUAUCAAUCUUGAGGGAGUCCGUCAAGCCAUCCAGGUCGCGCAAUUCGAGCAGUCCGGUGGCUCUUCCGGUGGAUACCCAUCUGGCCCAUCCUCCUCCUACGGAGCUCCCGCCCGCGCCCCCUCCGGCAGCUACGGUGCCCCCUACUAAGUCUCUAACAAGAUUCCGAACGCAAAAUAUCGACUGGACCCUCCCGUGAUCGGAUUUUACCAACUAACAACCGUUACUUCUAGUCCAUGCGUAGGUCCUCGAUAGCCACUGAACGUUCGGAUAUUGUUUUAUUCGGGCGACUUCGUAAGAUCUCUGGAGCGGCCGAAUGUUUAAUCAAUUUGGUCGGCAGUCACGUACAAUGUAGGUGAUGCCGGCGCCCACCAGGCUCUUGUCUCACCAAAUCCAACACUUGCGACUAUGCACGCGAACGGGUUGCAACUUCCCAGCGGCCGGCCAGUCGUCAUUGGCCCUCGUCCUGGUUAUACUGAGAGCAUACUGCGGCUCUCAGCGACUGGGCCGUGUGCCAAAACGCGCGAAGUGGCCGGCCGUUGGGCUCAACAUUUGUAUAAAGUUUAUUAUAAGUAUAGCUUAAUAUUUUUAUAGUUUAAGAUUUAUUAUGUUUUUAUUUUUAUUUACAAAAAAUAAAUACAUUUCGACACCGUAUAA